AUGUCUCGCUUUCGAGACAUUCGCCUCAACAUCUCCAAAUCGAAGUCAAAUACACAGGGUACACGAGUAUCAGCAGUGCCCCAUGAGACAUGGUCUCCGGCCGCACAUGGGAAGGAUGCCCUGCAACAAGCACUCGAAGACAUGUAUUGGGAGGGCGUUCGAGAUGAGCUAGAGAAUAUCAUUCGCACCCUGGCUAUAUGGCAGCAGCCGGAAUUCGCAGAUGUUUCAUUGCCGGAUGAAGACGAUGACUUUAUCCAUGGAUUUGACACCUUCGUGGACCAGGUUAGCCAGCAUGCUAGAGAACAUGCAAUAAAAUACAACAAGAAGCGCCUCGAAGAUAUGAAACAGGCUCAACAGCCGAUGGAUGCACGACCGCCGAGCUACACGAAUUCCUUGAAUGAGGCCGCAAUGGAUCGGAAGGCUGAGUUCAUCAGCUCAAAGAUCAAAUCAUCCGUGCGCCAAACCAUGGAAGGUAUGCCGACUUUUACUGGACUAGAAAGGCGAGCAUGGGUGUUGCUACAGGCGGCCGGAUUCCUCGACAUCGAGAAGUUGAUAGAACAUCGACCAGCAACCAAGAAGGAGAAGUGGCCGGUCGUUCCCCAGCUGGACUUCUCUGAAGACAAGCCACUCGACUUCUAUCCCAUGCAUUGCGCGAAUAAUCGAUGCAACGCCACAAUAACCGGGAGCAUGUUCAAGUCUGUCGAUCCCAAAGAGCCCCGAGUCGUUUGUGAAGACUGCUACUUCCGCCAUUUCUACGGCAAGGAAUCCUAUGUCAAGCAGUACAAGCAUUGCAUCCUGCCCGAGGCAAUAUCUCCCGAAGAAAGCCGGAGGAUUUGUCCUUGCCUCUCGAUUCCUCACUCCAAUGGUGAUGAGUUACUUUCAUUAUUUCCAGUACCUGGAAACGCACGGCAUCAAAAAUACGCCGAUUUCAAUAAGAAAUGUAAGCUUUGCAACCUUGAUGACAUUGUCGCAGUUGCAAAGUACAAGGCAUUGUGUAAGGCAGCAGGGAUUAAGGAAAAUAAGAAGGAAAGAGGUCCAGAGUCGACUACCGAUGUAAUAAGGAUGCUUCAACACUACCAAUCUCAACCAGAGAAGUUAAUCUCGCGUACACUCGGCAAGCUCAGAAGACCGUCGUCGAAUACAAGCCUUGAACGAUCAGAGCAACGUUUGCAUUCUUCGGUGGCCCUGGACAAGGCAGUUACUGACCCGCAAGCAGAACGGGACAUUCCAGCUUUCUUCAAAGCACAUGUUGAUAAGGAUCCGUUUGCUAACUUGAAAGUGAGACUCCGUGUUGGACCCCUGGUUAUUGAGAAUGGUGCAUCACUUACUGAGGACGGCGCACUUGUCACAUUGCGAGAAACACCCGUCUUCCAUCAACGUCUGAGCAUCUCUGACAAGCAAAAACGAUGCCUUCGAGUCACAGGCUCCGGAGACCGGAAAGUGUGGCAACGUCUUCAUCCUGCCCGUCAUCUGACGAACUACAAGGCAGUCAUGAAACAAGUUGUCGGGGCGCCUUUCAGCGGGCUCUUGCCACAAGAUCCCGAGCGUGCGAUAGUCUGCGACGUUCUUGAUGCGAGUCAAUCGCUAUGUAGAAAGGGGGCAGAUCUCGGUGUAUCACUUGAUAGACUACUUGACAGUCUCAGGAAUAUGAUAGGCAGCCGCGUGAAGGAAUAUCUCAGUAGCAUAUCUGAGGGACUAUUGAGCCCAACUACACAGCUUGCAUGGAGUGCCACGCAGAACAAUUGCCAACAGUUUUGCAAUUCACUCAUAGAUCAUGCGCUUUUCGGGUCUCUGACUAGUGACUUGGCUGAACCUCUCUAUCUCAUGAGCUUCGUUUGCAAAGACGAAGGUUACAUGCGACCGGCGGUUAUAAAAAAGGCACCAGACAUCAUUGAUACAUAUCAGGAGUACUGGUACGACUGGGGCGCCUUCGGAGCACCGCUAUACACGUAUCAAAAUAUUUUUCCGUGGGAUUGCACUGAGGCAUACGGUCGUUACCCAACAUGUUGCGGAGACUGCAAUCUGUCCAAACACGUUUGGGCCUUUCCUUUCGAUUCUUGGUCUGUAGUAUCGCACCACCUAACUCGCGAUCAACAUUUGUACGCGCCGCCCUCGCUCUCUGAACCCAUGGGGGCGACGGCAUCUACUCCUCAGGCCUGGAUGCGCAAUCGCCUCACCGUGUUGAGUGCGUCGGCAAUACUUUGCCGUGCCGCUACAGCCAUGGCCAAAACAACAAUGUUCCGCUCCGCAACAGCUUGGCUAUCACCCUCCUCUGAACUAGGAUCAAGACUGCGCUCUCUCGACCCAUCUCUAGCACGAGUCAAGCUGGGCGGCAUCCACCGCGCUCAGCCUUUUGGUCACCUUCUUUUCGACGAUAAGAUACAUUGUAGCAACUAUUUCAUGGCACAAUGGGGUAUAAGGCCUCGAACUGAGCAAAUCGAGGCUUAUGAACUGGCACGAAAAAAGCGUAUGAACCGUGCUGAUGUCGAGUUGCCUAAGCAAGCAGAAUACAGCCAGCAGAUAGGAUCCCAGAAACAGACACAACUCAGUCGCCGUGCCCUUACCGACAUGUCGUUAAUUGCCGCUUCUACAACUCAGAAUCUGCACCGAGCCGCUGAAGCAGAGAUUAAGAAUCUAAAACAAUGGCGAAACACCUAUAAUCAAGAUCCCCUAGAUGAUCACUGGAAGCUGCUGGAUGAAGGAGAUGUGAACCAGACCGAUGGGCGGCAACUCAUUCCAGCACCGAGUCUUUUCAAGUCUUUAGCCACCACUACUACUAAUAAUACCUCAGCCCAUAGCACAGAGGAAGGACAAUCAAUACCUACGAUAGGACAAUGUGCAGCUCACCUCGAACUUCUAGAGGCAUUCUUCACCUUACGCCACCACAUCGUCAACUCAGCAGCCCUCGACAAAACCUUUGGCGUCAAAAUCAACAAUAAGAUCGUAUACAGAAAGAAGUUCCAUAAAGGAAUGGGGGCUUACGUUUACAAAAAGACACCGUUAAGAGAUACGACGUACCCAGAUCGGAGGAGAGAGAAAUGGGAUUUUUACUUGAAGAUUGCGGCGGUGAGGUUUGAGGCUUGGAUUAGGGUUGCUAAUCACGCUGUUGAAAAGAGUGUGAGGGAGAAGGGGGGUGCUGUUUCUUUGCCGCAUUUGCCUCCUUUGGAUAUUAUCAUGGUCUGGCACGCUUUUUUGCUGAAUCCCGUCGAUUUUCAGACUUAUUGCCGCGACAAGAAGCUGAGCGUGAUACGAAAUGUAGAAUUUCCAUGGGCAAAAAUUCGCAAAGCCAUAGAUCCAAAGACCUGGGCCUACGAACUCCCCGAAGCAUCCUGGGAAUGGACCAAAUACGAAUGCCAGAUGGAGCCAGAUCUAUAUCAAUAUCUGGAGAGUGUCGGAGCAACAUACAGCCCUGUUGCAAGCACGCUGUCCCGCUUCGGAGACCCGAAAGAACAAGUCGGAAGUCUCUGGCAAACCCUGAAACAGAUGGUUCUCAGCGAACGCGAGAACCAAUUCAUCAAAGAUGUGCUCGAGAUUCAAGUGGGACUACAGCAAUCGACAAUAACAUCGCUCACCGAAAAUGUCAAGCGCCAGGCUUCGUUUGUCGAUAAGAUGCAUAGCCAUCUCUGGAUUUGCAGCCCUGCUGUUAGCGGGACAAUGUGUCGUGCUAUUGAUCGAUAUAACAAGUUUAUCAAACUCUUUGCACUUUACCCUGCUAAGACGCUGGUGCCAACCUUAGAUGUUGACCUAGUCUGGCAUACGCACCAGUGCUCUGCGGUCUUAUACGAAGAGACUAUGCGUGCAAGGACGGGCCGAUAUAUCAACCACGACGACAAAAUCGGCAAGAAAGAGCUUGGCCAUGGUGCCGACGAGACGAGCCAUUUGUUUCGCGCUCGGUUCGGCCAGGAGUAUUCGGUUUGUCUAUGCUGGGAUUGUGAGAUGUUGACUACUGCUUUAGAGAAGGCUGAUGAGGAAGUGGAUCUUGCUGUUGAUGAUUUGGAUAUGGAAAAACUUGCGAAGCAGGUUGGGGAGUAUGUUAGCUACUAUCGGGCAGAGGAGUUGAGUAGGCGUGUUGAUCGUGGGAUGGAUGUAUAA